AUGAGCAAGGAAAACUUUGGAGUUUCUGAAUUAAAACAAAAAAUCAAAAACCUCCGAUGUACUUAUAACCAAGAACGAAUGAAAAUAAAAAAAUCUCAAAAGUCUGGCAGUGGAAGUAACGAAGUUUACGUGCCUUCUUUAAAACGGUACUAUGUAAUGGAUACAUUAUUAAAAUCUAUUACACGAAGCACCGAGACUCAGGAUAACUUUGAAGGAACAAUACAAUCUGAGAAUGCAAUAUCAGAAAACGAAACUGAAGUCUCAACAAAUGCUCAUGAUCCCCAGCCAUCGUCAGUCUCAAUAAAUGACUCACAAGAGCCAACAACCAGUACUGCACAAAAUAUUGAAGAUUCACAGUCAGCGCCAAUUCAGAUAGCUCCAACAUUAAAAGGCAAGGGAAAAGGAAAGACAUACAAAAAUAAGAAUUUACAGAUUCUUGCUUCGGCUGUUAAUGAAGUACGCAAAGUGCACGAUAGUUAA